GAUGUCGCGCACCUACGAGGCUCCAGGUGAAAUGGGGAAGGCUGUGAUUAUUCCCAAAGAUGAGCAGAAUAGAAUGAAAGAUCUCUUUAAGAUUAAUCAGUUCAACCUGAUGGCCAGUGACAUGAUCACGCUCAACAGGAGUCUGCCAGAUGUUCGGCUAGACGGCUGUAAGACGAAGACAUUCCCCGAUGAGCUUCCAAACACCAGCAUUGUGAUCGUGUUUCAUAAUGAGGCAUGGAGUACACUCCUAAGAACCGUACACAGCGCCAUAAACCGCUCGCCCAGACACCUGCUGCUUGAGAUACUACUUGUGGAUGAUGCCAGCGAGAGAGAUUUUCUAAAGAAGAAAUUGGAGGACUAUGUUGCAACUCUGGAGGUUCCAGUCCGGAUUUUGAGGAUGGAACAACGAUCCGGUUUGAUUCGAGCGCGGCUGAGGGGUGCAGCUGCCACGCGAGGUCAGGUCAUCACAUUUCUUGAUGCCCACUGUGAGUGCACUAUAGGCUGGCUAGAGCCACUGCUGGCCCGAAUCAAAGAGGACAGGAGGGCUGUGGUCUGCCCUAUCAUUGAUGUCAUCAGUGAUGAGACAUUUGAGUAUAUGGCUGGCUCAGAUAUGACCUACGGGGGAUUUAACUGGAAACUCAACUUCAGAUGGUAUCCAGUUCCUCAGAGAGAGAUGGACCGACGCAAGGGGGACCGGACCCUUCCUGUUAGAACUCCCACGAUGGCAGGAGGUCUGUUCUCAAUUGACCGAACUUAUUUUGAAGAGAUCGGCACUUAUGACUCAGGAAUGGACAUUUGGGGAGGGGAAAAUCUUGAAAUGUCUUUUAGGAUCUGGCAGUGUGGAGGAUCUCUAGAGAUAGUUACAUGUUCUCAUGUAGGGCAUGUAUUCCGGAAGGCCACACCAUACAGCUUCCCUGGUGGAACUGGUCAGGUGAUCAACAAGAACAACAGACGACUGGCUGAAGUCUGGAUGGACGAGUUCAAAGAUUUUUUCUACAUCAUCUCACCAGGUGCAGGUCCUCCAUCUUGUCUGGAUAUGGCCCGGAUCCAGCUGAUGACAUUAAACCUCAGAUUAAGCACAAAGACUAACAUUAGCGUAGAUGUCAUUCUUCUGAUGAUGUAA